AUGGUUGACUCCGAAUCAGAUGGAGAAUAUGAAUACGAAUAUGGCACAGAGACCGAAAGCUUUUAUCUUAACCUGGACCUGACCGCCCACCAUGGCCCAGUGCGCCCCCCACGCCGUCGUCCGAAGGAAGCAGCAUCUCUGGAAGAUACACAGAAUCCUGCAGAUUACAUGAGCCAAGGGUUUCCAAGCGAAGCUUAUCCUCCGAUCGAGAGCGCUGAGACAGGCAAUCUCCCGAACGAACGAAUUCAAAUUCUCGACCUCCACACGAGCAACCCAAUUAUUUCAUACUACAACCAAAUGUUCAGUUGCUCCUGGGCCGAUCAAAUUGGUACUGAACUGGUUUUCGCCAGUCCAGAUGCAGAAACCGACCCGGAUAACCACUUCCCUCCACCGCUACACCGUGGACCCUCCUAUGAGCUUCUAGCCGCCAACACGGUGAAGAUCCUCGGUCGGAAGGCACACCUCGCCCCCAGUGCUGGGCCAGGGCCAGCUCAAGGUUUCACCGAGGGACCCUCAAACACAGCACCUACCCCAGAGUCCGUGUCCUCUCAGAUCGCAGAACCCCUUGGCGCACCCCGUCGUCCCGCAGCCCCAUCCCACCAGGCGCAGUUCCUCCACAGGUUGCAGCAGAUCAAGAACUCCAAGGGAGAACGUGAUAUCGUUCGCACGGUCAUGAGUACACGCCGGCAUGUGAAUACCGCGGAUAGACAGCAAGGCUGGGCCCGUACUGAGGCGCAGCUUGUUGAGAUUGAACGGCUGAACGAACGUGCUUCGAGAGGGGACUUGGAUGCUAAGGCGACUCUUGAGCGGCUGAUUCAAGAGCUCAAUCCUGACGAGGCAGCGUCUGAGUCUGACUCGGAGGUGACAUCUGACAGCGAUGAUCUUACUUCAUGA